AUGAACAACAGCGUCGUGGUGGUAUUAAUUACCAACUGUGACUGCUAACUAGCUGUUGGAGACCUCAAUGCAGCUACCCUUUUCAGUCUAAUGUUCUCUGUCAUGCUAGUGGACGCCUACCGUGACAAACGCCCCCGGAUCCGCGUCGACUACAGAACGAACGGCCAACUCCUCAACCACCGGCGGAUUCACUACCAAUCGCGUCCAUGAACUUCUCUGCGCCGGCGACUGCGCUCUCAACGCAAACUCAGAAAGGGACAUGCAGCGCAGCAUAGACGUCAUCGGCGCCACCUGCGACAAUUUCGGCCUGAUCAUAAACAACGUGAACGGCGCCCAACUGCUAGUCGUGGACAACUUCACCUACCUGGGCAACACCCUCUCCCGCACCGCCAAGAUCGACGGUGAAGUGACCCGCCGGAUCUCCCAAACCAGCUAA